AUAAAGUGCAAAGGGAAAGUGAAAAAUAUUUUCAACUAGUUGAAAAAGCUAAUUCUACCUGCAGAAAGUGUACAUUUUUGAUCCAAACUAUCCGCAAAAGGAAGCCCGCGUGCUUCUGCACCCGCGCCGCGAAAAAUCCGCCCAUUUCGGGAUGGGAAUCGACGGGAAAAGGACGAUUUUCGGUUGGCCUUAAAAGUGAAGUGUCCAUCCAUACAGCACAAACUCGAUCAGCCAUUGAGCAAAAAAAUAAGCAUCCAACCGUUCGCAAAGAAGUAGAAGAAAGUAACAACAAAAACAGCAACCACAUCGAACAACAAGCUACUCCGCUGGUAAGCGAAGAAGGGAGACGAUUGUCCUGCAUUGCAUCGGCGCUCGCUUGACUAGUGCGGAUCGUUCUUUGUUUUGGCAGGGCGGAGCCGUCUCUGUUUGCCCACCAUGAGUUUUGGUACGCCAGGAAAUACGGAACUGCAUUUCCGAGCGCUGCCCUAUUUGGACAAGAAAUGGAUAAAGGCAGACGUGAGCUCAGCACUACGAUCUUGUGAAGACCUUUCCAAUUUAUGGAACCACCUGGUGCAAGAUGAGGAACUUGUCACGUGCAAACUGCAGAUGUCGGUCAAUGCCUGCGGAGAUGUUGCCUACGUUCGACCCGACGGGAAGUAUUAUUGUGGUGUACAGUCGCUAAAUUGUUCCUGCUGUAAGGGAGUUUGCAGUGUAACUUCCAGCUGUUCGUGCACAGCCUGCCAGCAAUUGGAGACGGACGAGGGCCCAACGAAAAAAGGAUCCUGUGGUGCACCACAGAACCAAAAUCAAAGCGAAUCUGCUGGAUGCUGUUCCGGGACGAUCUUGGAUUCUUGGUUGUGGAGCCCUAUUCCGAGUUUGGACGAAAAGCGCACCUGCACGAAGAGAUUGAUCGCCGAACAAAGAGAAAUUUGUUUGCAGGCGGCGGCCAACUGUUUGUCCUCAGCCCGUACUAAGUUGCUGCUCUACGUGUAUCGGAGGUAUUUUAUUGCAUUGCAACGAUGCAAACCGGAGGAGAAGACAUCCGGAGUGGACGAUUGUCGGUUCGGCGUUAGCCAGGAGAUGGUGGCGAGCGAGCAUGACGCGGCAAAGUUGAGUAAAAACUCCAGCUUCGAUCGGACCCCGAUGAAGGACUGCGACAAAGCCACCUUUGGUCUGGCACGCGUUGGCACCCGGGCUGCCCUAAACUUCUCUUUCGCCUUUCUAAGGCGUGCCUGGCGUUCCGGCGAAGAUGUCGAAUUGUGCAGUGAACUACUCUCCGAAGCCCUGGAGGCUCUCCAAACCCUACCGGAAGCAUCGUUGUUCGACACCUCGCAAAUGUCAUCGCUGUGGAUCGAAGUAGUGGAAAAAUCGAUAAAGUUUCUCCGCCAGGUGGUGCUGGGUGACGUUAUGGGAGGUCGCUGUUUGGUACCGAAGGCGGAUCGUCACAUCGCGCUGAAUCUGCUGCUGGAACUAGGUGCCCAGAAAGGCACCCUGGGUGGUUCGCUGGAAGGAAUCUCACUGCUACUUACGCUGCACGAAAAGGAUCAAGAAAGUGAGGAUAAUCGAAGCCCACCGCAAAACACGGGUGCCCCACUGGUACCGCUUUUGAAGCGAUACGAGCAGAUUGGUAGUUUCGCCUCGUACAAUGCCGGUGAAUCGUUCCAUUUUGGACCAACAGAAUCGUUUCUUCGGUUCUUAACUCUGCCAGAGAAUGAGAUGACGAACGUAGAUCUGAAGCAAGCUGCUGUUAUUAUCAUUAGUCACCUGGAUCGUCUGGCGAAACCGCAUCUUCCUGCAGGGAACUAUUCGAUCAAGGUGGUCAACAAAUCUCACCUGCAGAAAAUCUUCACCCUCGGCUGGAGUUCCUGUUCGCCGGAAAUGUAUGGAUUCACAUCCGAAGCGAGCAGUGGUACGGCACAGCUACUUGGUUCGGUACCACGGUACUCAACGGCAACAAUUGAUCUGCCCAUCGCGCUGCAAGCUCGGCAGGUUGUUUGUUCGGAGAACAGUAUCUAUAUUUUGACUACCGGUGGACAGGUUUAUUCGUUGCAUUCGAAUUGUACAGAAAAUAUUGCACCGAAAGCUAUUGAGGGACUGGACGGAGUGAACGUUGUUCAGAUUGCUGCGCACUGCGAGGGAAGACAUGUGCUGGUGCUAAGUUCGGCCAAUGAAGUAUGGUCCUGGGGAGUUGGCGAUGGUGGACGGUUGGGACACGGGGAUACGAUUUCCAAGGAGAUUCCUACUCGAAUUGUUGCACUGGCAGAAAAACAAGUUUGCGGAAUUGCUUGUGGAGCUUCGUAUAGUGCCGCAAUCACUAGCAGCGGAGAGCUGUACACUUGGGGUCGAGGAACGUACGGUCGGUUGGGACAUGGAAAUUCAGACGACAAAUUUGUCCCAACGCAGGUUCAAGCGUUAAAGUCGUACAAUGUGGUUGAUGUGGCACUGGGAAGCGGUGAUGCUCAUUCCAUGUGCGUGACCGAUUCGGGGCUGCUGUUCGCCUGGGGCGAUGGCGAUUUCGGAAAGCUGGGCAACGGAUCAUGCAACGGGUCCCCGAUUCCUGUUCAGAUUGAGAGCUUAACGAAUGUCGCUAAAAUAUAUUCCGGAUCGCAGUUCAGCGUGGCGCUGAGUUUCGAUGGAACGUUGUACAGUUGGGGAAAAGGACACGGUGGACGGCUUGGUCAUGGCAAUUCUGAACAUUCAAAUGUUCCUGUUUUGAUUCAGGCUCUAGAGGGGAAGAAAAUAGUAGACGUUGCAGUAGGAUCAGCGCAUUGCUUAGCUUUGACAAGUUCUGGGGAGUUGUAUGGCUGGGGCCGCAAUGACUAUCAACAGAUCUGUCCAUCCUGUGUUUCGCGAGAUCCCAUAAUUCAAAACCCAAUUCUGACAACACCUCCAACGCUACGCAUUUCCGGCAUGACCUGUGGAGCUGCUCAAAGCAUUGUCUGGUGUCAUUCAUCAACCCUAGGCGUAGCUUCUAAAAUCCCAUUCGUGGUUGAUCUCAGCGAACAUACAUUCCGCAUGCUGGACCAGUUGCUAUGUAUGGUUUGCAAUACUCCGACGGGUCCGGGAGAUAUAAGACACCCGCCCAGUCAGGAAGCGGAAUGCAUCGCCGUAGCAUCCUUGAAUCUCUUACGGUUGCAACUGCACGCAAUGAUAGUGAACAAUGUUUCCUCCAGGCAGGUAGGCUUAGUAGAAGGUUCGCGCCUACUAGCAAGCCUCAAGUCCCGCAUUCUUGGUCUAGCUGGAGGCCCUGUGGUUUUGAAAACUAUGCAGGAAGCUGCUCAAUGGACAUUGCAAGUCGGUUGGUCUAUCCUCCUACCAACCGCUUCGGAACGUGCUCAAACCUUAACGUCGCUUCUUCCGGCUGGUCAUGAUACCACCACUACUAGCAACAGUUCCGGCCAUCGUUUCAUGACUGAUCUCUUGGUAGGUUCGCUGAUGGCAGAAGGUGGCCUCCAGACAGCACUAAACCAGGCUAUCAAUGCUCAACGCACGCAAGACUGUAGUUCCACCGGUACUCACCUAUCCCUCCUGCAUUUACUGAAGCAACUACUACGCAACAAUUCCAGCCUAACUCAAGCACGACUCGGUCAGUUGAUGCUCGGGCCAUAUCUCAAGACUGAGGAAGGAUUUUCUUCCCCGGAACCACCCUCGCCUAGUCUCGAUCUGCUGCACAAAUUUCAACGGCUUCUCCUGUCCUACAUUCAUCAGUCAAAGACAGACGAUCUCAGCGGAGCCGAAGCUCUCCUCGAUACCUACAUUCAGCAGGUGGUUGGCGCUUGUGUAACCACAUUGUACAAAGCUCACGAAACCAUUCUCCAGGGUAAGGAAGGUGUAGCUGAAAUAUUGAAAAAUGACAUCUCCGAUGCCCUUCUGUACGAACUGCUUAUCGGUUUGGUGCUCAUCCAGAAGGAUAAAUCACUCUUCCUACCAUCGUUUGAUUGGAACAAACAUUUCAUACCACUACUUCACGCAUUAGACAACUUCAAUCGGCUGACGCACGAAGGUGAAAUCCAUGACUCCGAUGACAUGGGUUGGCCGGGAAUAAUUUGCCGCGGAACAGCUAAAGCUGCGCCUGUCCAAGAGGAAACCCUCCUAGUUCGUCGUAGCGACAUAGACAACCACGUCAGCGACGGCGGAAAUUGGGUCAUUAUCAAUGGAAACGUAUACGACGUCUCAGACUAUCAUGCGGAGAACCCAGCAACGCAAGAGAUUCUCAGCGCCAGCGCAGGCAAAGACAUUUCACUUGAAAUUAGUAAUCCUCAACAUAGAACAGCGUUUGAGUUUAUAACUUCGUUCCUUCGAAUCGGACGGUUCGCCGUGAACGAAAUUUGCGACAAAGAAAGUCCCCGUCAGAUGACCACGCUUACUCACUUCCACUCAGAGUGCAUGUUGGCAUAUCUGCUCGGUUUGCGAUGUAAUAUUUUGCAGGCAGGAUCGCCUCUGCAACCUGCCGAGAUACAGUGUAAAAACCUUCUAAAUUCAACCAUUCUUAGCGGAGGGCUUCAAGUGCUCCAGCCGAGCAAUCCGUUCGACGAGGAAAAGGGUGAGGCACGAAGCAGCGGAUCUACAGCUGGAAGUACCCCAACCGACGCCUCCAGUCAAAUUCCGAUUGCAGACGUUCCACAGAUGGCCAACUGGCCGUCGGUUUUAAUAUCUCACCGGGUGGAAAAUAUGCUGUCCAAUCUAGGAGAGGCAAAGCUUACCGAUCCAUUAGUUGCCUCGUGGAUAGUCAUUUGCGAACGAUAUUGUAAGGAAAAUCAUCUAAUUUGGCACCAGGAGUUCCCCCCGGAGCAUCCUGUGAUGGAGUUGGAAAGAUUGCUAAUGUCGGUGCUAAUCCGGCACCAGAACCUGGGACCCCUUGCGCUGGCCGUUGUCGAUAGAGAACUCAGCGGCAAUUGCUCGAAACCACCGGCUCCAAUCGUCAACAUAAUCAAGAUUGUCCACCAGACCAAGUGGGGCAUCGUCAAAAUGCGCCAGCAGCUGAACCGUAGCUAUAAGGAAGUGUGCGCCCCAAUGAUCGACAAAUGUCGCUUUCUGCUGUACGAAAUUCGACCGGCUAUCAGUCUGGAACAGCACGGUCUCACCAAUUUGCACAUCCUUCACAAACUACCACGCUUCAAAGCUCUAGUUUAUCGGAUCAUUGCCGAUAUGCGUGCCGCGAAGAAACAGCUAGUUUCCGCUAAACCAGAGGACAUCCUCAACGUCACUAUUCAGAGUCAGUUCACAUCGUCGAUCACGAAAAUCCAAUCGCAAGAGAAUCUCAGCUGUAAGCAUCUCUCGACCGAAAAUCUAGUCCACGAAAGUUUAAUCAAAGUAGAAAGUCUGGAAAACUUGAACGCCACGCCGCGAGAUCGAUCUGCAUCGCCGGUAGUACUAGCCGUGCAGAAGCAUGCCGCUUCCGAUGAGAAUCUGCUGAGUGUGACCAGUGUAGAGAAUGCGCCAGUGAAUUGUAAUACCGGUGCAGGCGGUGGAGAUACCGUUGAAAAGAAGAUCCCCAUCACGAGUGAUGAAAUCAAAACGCCCACCAAUGAACUGAUCGACUACAACAACUCGAAGAUGAAGAAUCCGGAUGGUGGCGAUGAGUUCAUCAAUAACGUGAUUGCCAGUUUGAGCGAAAAGUGUCUGAUCGAGUCAUACCCGGCGGAGUUCAAAAAUGGGGUCAGUCAGCAAAUUGUGGAUUUUAUUCUGUAUGAUUUGUGCGAUGUAGAAACGCUGCGGCGGGCAAUGUACUGCCAGAUUCAGCGAUAUCAGAUCCGAAAGCAGGGGUUGGAAAUGUUUUACGAGUUGCUGAAAAUUGUUGGGUUGUUUGAUGCGGCACAGUAUAACCUGUUCAACGGGUAUUUGGGAUUGCAUGUACCGAAGGGAACUGCACAGAAUGAGGAACACAUUUUGGAGAAUCUUAAUAUGAUAACAGCGUUUCAGAAGGCCGAUAUUCUGAUUUCUCAGGCGAAAAUUAUCGAAUGGACAGUUGCGGAGUUGCAAAAAUAUGUAAAUCAGGAAAAGAUCAAUGGGAGGCACCGAAACCAUGGUGAAAAGGACAACUCGAACCUGGGAACCUAUGUGUUUCUUAAAAAACUUCCCAAGGCACGUUUUCUACUCAGUAUUUUUGGAAUCUUGUCCAAAACAUACGAGUCCAACGAGCUAAGCUUGCUGAUAAACUCUGGUAUUUUGGGUAGCAUUAUGGGUCUGUUAAGGCAAACCGGAGCUGAUUUACCGAACACUAGAAACAAUACCGAUAUUUCGGUCAUUUACGAAGAUGUGGUAACAAAUCUUAAGUCGUCGAAGGAAGGAUUACCCGGUCCGGAGUUGGCAAAGCUGAUGAAAAUUGGAACACGAAUUGCUCGUGGAGCUGACUGGAAGUGGGGAGAACAAGACGGUCCCGGGGGAGAAGGACGAAUCAUUAGCGAAAUCGGAGAAGAUGGAUGGGUCCGCGUCGAAUGGGACAACGGAUCGACGAACUCGUAUCGUAUGGGCAAAGAAGGCCAGUACGAUUUACGCUUGGCGGACAGUGCCCUGAAGGCGCUCUCACCGGACAAGGAUAGCGAGAAGGACGAAUUGGUCGAUCAACACCUUUACAAUGAAUCCCAUCCUACUAAGUUGCUGCGCAAUUUAUGCAUCAAAACACUGCAAAUGAUCUUCGCUUCCGUUGGUAUGCACGCCGAAAGGAUGCAGGAGAACUCCCUGCGAAGUGUAGCUUCGAUGUUUCGUGCUAUCCUGACCAACAGGAUUACCUAUUGUAAUUUUGGGAUGGAACAGUGGACGACACUUGGCUUCCUGAGGGCAAUAUCGUCCUCUAAAGCGUUGUCGAAACACCUAACCUCUCCGGUUUGGAUUGAACUUGCGUUCGACAUUUUAAAUUCACCGAUCACCUGCAAGAAGGAUGUCUACAAAAAAUUGCACUGCUUAAGACUACUACAGUCAACUCUCGUCAAUUGGACCCAGGACGAAGCGGAUCGAGUGGAUGAUAUUAUUCUUAAACUGUUCGAAGUCCUCGGGAGAAUCAGCAUGUACUGUCCCAAUGAUCUAUCGCUAUUAAACAAUUCAGCGGAUAUUAAAUCCAGGGUGCUGUAUAGUGCCUCGCACACGGGCACGAUUGCGGAGGAAAUUAUUGUUCUCGUUCGAAAACUGCACACGCUCCCACUGUGGAAUGAGAACAUUAAUGCGUUCAUUUCACAGAAGCUUUGCCUGGUGGCUGAUGUUUUUCUGGUGCACGAAUUAGAUAUAAAUUUCGAAGGAGAAAAAGCCGCUAUCAUGGGGACUCUCUGCACGAUCGGGGGAUGCGAUUCCAGACCUAGGCUAGGAUUGAACUUAACUCUCGAUGGUGUACGUGGUACUAUCUCUCGAAUGACCAAAAAGGGAAAGGUUGUGAUGAAUGUGCACUCGAUGGCGGAUACCAAAAAGAUUCCAAUAUUCAAAGUUUCCGAAUGCGCGGAUGUGGGAGCGUUCAGUCUGUCGAAGUUGACUAUUAACGAGAUGCUGCUAAACUCGUGGGCUGUUUUGUUCUACGGAAUAGGACAAACUCCGAUGAAUGUGGCUAACAGUAUCAACACACAGCUACUGCUCACGCAACAGAUUAACUUCUCUGCUGUUAAAGCUACCAAAGUUCUAUUUCGCCAACAGAGUCUGUUGAGGAAAAUUUUGCGCCAAAGAUCACCUGGAAUUACUCGUAGUUCCUCGAAGGAGAGUCUGUCAGAUCGGGACGCUAGUCCGGAGGAUGGUAAGAGUCGAAGUGAAUCAAACACCUCAGAGGAGUCUCAAACCUUCACCGAACUGUUGAUUCAGACGGUUCUGAUUAGAGCAACGCAACCAAGUCCUUUGAAAGCUUGUUACUCCUUUCAGGAGAUGGAACUGGCAGCUUUGAAUAUUUCGCAAAUGCUAGCCAAUUUCGUCAACAAUGAACUGAAUGCACCGUCGAACUCAAACAAACGUGCUUUUCCCAUCAGUCAGCCAACGAUGAUUCACGGAGUGCCGAUCUAUAAUAAUGAAUCGGCAGUGGAAGAUGCUCAAACUCCAUCAGGAGCCGAAGCUGCGGUUAGUUUGCCAACGGCUGGUGCGGUGGGCAAUGUUACUGGUGCUCGAGGAACGGCUCGAAGAAGUCCUCCCAGUCCUCUGGUGGCCCAAAUCAUGGAGAUGGGAUUCACACGGAAAUCCGUCGAAACGGCAAUCAAGAGUUUAACACUGCAUACGAAUAUAAAACCAACGGCCGAGCAAGUCGUGCAAUGGAUCCUGGAACAUCCAGAUGUUACGGCUAAUUUGGGAGGAAAAGGCGAUGACAAUGAUGCCCACAGCGACACAGAGAGCGUUAGUUCGGAUACAAUGGAAGGUGGCUCGUCGGUGCAGGAUUCCCAAGCUGUCACAUAUAAAUUGAGAGAGGACUUCAAGUCGACCGAUCAAUACGCAAUGUACGUGCGUGGUUUCAUUUGUCCGGGGAUGUUGGUUCGAUGCUGUCAGGAUUUCGAGGAGAUCCGGAAGGGUCAUAUUGGAACAGUUUUGAAGGUAGAGCCGGAAGGGUUGCAUGAUUUGAAUGUUAGAGUGGACUGGCAGAUGCAUGAUCGACCGUAUUGGAUGUGUUUCGUUCAUCUGGAGUUGUUGGAAGCUCCGCCAUUGGAGAACAGUUCCACGAUCAGCGUUGGAUCGCAGGUUAGAAUACGAAACACACAGCACUUUCGCUAUCGGCUGAAUACCGUUCCUCGGGGAAGUAUUGGGACUGUGAAUUCAAUCAACGGUAAUGAUGUUCAGGUUGAAUUCCCACAGCAAACGGUUUGGAAUGGCCAUUUGAGUGAAUUGGAAUUGGUUUCGAGUUGUCUCCAUACUGGAGGAUCAGGUCAGGGCGGUAUUUUUGAUAUUAUAGACGAUUGGUCUCGCUGCAUCCGAUCGUUAACGGUUUCAUCUAACGAAACUUCGGCUAAGUACCUGCUUGAUCGCAGUACCAAUUACUGGCAAAGUUCCUCCACCCAGGGAAAGCACUGGAUCCGACUGGAAAUUCAUGAUCAAGUUUUUAUUCAAACUCUGUCGAUCAUCGUCGAUCCAGAUGACUACUCGCAUAUGCCCUCAUUAGUUGUAAUCCGAGGGGGUGAUUCUGUGGCUACCCUUAAAGAACUUCAUUGGGUAUCGAUCAACCCAACCGAUGUGGUCGUCCCACUACUAAACGAUUGUAAGCAGUACUACGCUUGGAUUGAGAUUCUGGUCAAGCAGUGUCGCAACAACGGGAUCCAAUGCAAAGUUCAUGGAAUCAACAUAAUCGGGAAGCGGAAGCAAACCGAUCUGGAGAUGAUGCUACAGAAUGCCUCCUUUCUGGCAACAGAAAAUGACGCAACAGCAGAACCAAGUUACACCACUUCCUCCAACUACGCCGACGAGCAGUCAGCGAAUGAGAUCACUUCCAAAGUGUUGGUUUGGGGUCUCAACGACAAGGAACAGCUCGGAGGUUUGAAGGGGUCCAAAGUGAAACUACCUACUUAUUCUUCGGUUUUAAGCCAGUUGAAGCCGAUACACAUUGCCGGUGGAUCCAAGUCCCUGUUUAUUGUGUCCCAAGAUGGAAAGCUGUACGCCUGUGGAGAGGGAACUAAUGGACGGCUAGGACUCGGUCAUAACAAUAACGUACCAACACCUCGUCCGGUUCCCAUCCUAAAUCAGUACGUCGUCAAGAAGGUGGCUGUUCAUUCCGGUGGAAAGCAUGCAAUGGCGUUAACACUAGAUGGAAAGGUGUUUUCUUGGGGUGAAGGUGAAGAUGGUAAACUGGGUCAUGGAAAUCGAAUGACCUUGGAAAAACCGAAACUUAUCGAAAGUUUACGAACCAAGCGAAUUCGGGAUAUUGCGUGUGGAUCAAGUCACAGUGCCGCGAUCACCAGUUCAGGGGAGCUAUAUACUUGGGGUUUGGGAGAAUACGGUCGAUUGGGUCAUGGCGAUAAUUGUACGCAGCUAAAGCCCAAACAUGUUACCGCUUUGCAAGGCCAUCGUGUAGUUCAGGUUGCCUGUGGUAGUCGUGAUGCACAGACACUUUGUAUGACCGAAGAAGGAUUGGUGUUUUCGUGGGGAGAUGGAGACUUUGGAAAACUAGGGCGUGGCGGAUCGGAAGGUUGUUCAGUACCGCAUCAGGUCGAACGUUUGAAUGGCGUUGGAGUGCUGCAGAUUGAAUGUGGUGCUCAAUUCAGCCUCGCUUUGACCAAGUCCGGGGAAGUGUGGACUUGGGGUAAAGGCGAUUAUUACCGACUAGGUCACGGAACCGACCAGCAUGUAAGGAAGCCCACCCCAAUUCAAGGAUUACGCGGAAAGAAGGUUAUUCACGUCGCAGUUGGUGCUCUCCACUGCUUGGCAGUCACCGAUAAUGGUCAAGUGUUUGCUUGGGGAGACAACGAUCAUGGCCAGCAAGGAUCUGGUAAUACAGUCGUAAAUAAGAAACCAAACCUUGUUCUUGGAUUAGAUGGAGUCUUUGUGAAUCGGGUUGCCUGUGGUAGCUCCCAUUCAGUUGCUUGGAGUUUACCGCAGAAUCCAACUGAAAAGGAUAAAAAAGAACCGGUACCAUUCGCAGUUACCAAGGAUCCAUUGGGUAGCCACAGUCUAGGAAUAUACGCUUCCGACACAGAACCUACCACUCUUCAACCACAGGCUGGGGUACCUAAUACGAAACAGCAAAGACCAUCUCUGUCGGAAAGCGUACUCUCACUGGAAACGUACGGCGCAAGACAGGCCGCUCUUUCACAUAUAUUGAACGCGAUGAGUAUUCUGCACGCAAGAUCGUGUAUUAUUGCUGCCCUAACCGGCCACUCACAGCUGAACAUGCAGGAUAAGGGGGCCGAAGGAUAUACGGAAACGCGUCCGAUCACUCCGGUGUCUGAAAACGAUUUGUACGAAGCAAAGGUGGAUGGAGAAGUUACCAAGCAGCAAAACGAUGUCAUUGCCCAUGGAGGUGGGGAGGCACCGGCAGAUGUUUCCGGACUAACGUCUAAUGACAUCAACGACUGCGACAUUCCGAUUGUGUCUGGCAUGAACAAUACCUUAAGCGCUUACCGUAGUCUCACUGGAUCUCUUUCGCUGUCAGCGUCAAUUUCAAGCUGUAACGCCACACAGCGGCACUCGAAAAUGUCGGCAAGUGCUAUGUCCGUUAUGGCUGCCACUAUGACCCACCACGAUGAGAUAAUGAACGAAGUGCCCAUAGCCCAUGGUUUAGAUGAUUUCACCGUUUUGCUUGGAGAGUCCGAGGCAAAACAUUUGAUUGAAUUGCUGAAACUGAGUGUAAGUGGACGGACUGGACCAGCGAAAACUUCUGAAACCAUUGCGAGCACAUUAAUCGCGCUGGCCAGGAGUAACACGACGAUAUCCAAUAUGCUCAUCGAGACAUGCAUCACAGAGCUGGAAGACCUGUGCACCUCUAGGCAUUCACUAGGGAAACUACCGAAACCGGUAGUUCAGGAAACGAGCCAUCCGUAUAUUGAUGACAUAACACUUGUUGGUCACGUCAAGAUUCCCGGAGCGGACUCGCUGCGCAUCGAGUUCGACAGCCAAUGCUCGACGGAGCGUCGAAACGAUCCACUGAUCAUCAUAGACGGUGCGGGGCGCGUUGUUGCCACCCGAUCCGGUCGUGAGUGGGCUCAAUGGGCUCCGGAGAUACGAAUUCCUGGCGAUGAAAUGCGCUGGAAAUUUACCAGUGACAACUCCGUCAAUGGUUGGGGAUGGCGUUUCUUUGUGCAUGCUAUUAUGCCAGAAUCUUACUUGCAGGAGUUGGGUUCUGAUCGAACCGUACUUUCGCAACCGUCUAUAGCCAUGGUGAUGGCAUUGCUCGAUUCCACGCUUGUUCCUCAUGGAGGAAACACGCUGAUUCGCCUAGCGGCAGCUUUAUCUCAGUGUGCGCAGCUAAGCUCUCUCACGGUUGUUCAACGGAUCUGGUCCCUUAGAAAAAUGCACCAAUAUCUGACAGCGAAAGAUGCCCCACGCGUUCUCGAACCAGCUAUGGUUGAAAUCCUAAGCCCUCUGAUUCCAAUCAUUCUUCGACAGUAUGAAUAUGAAGAGCCACAGGUUCGGAGCGGCCUUCAUCUGAUGCAUUCGGAGUAUUUUAAGACGUUGGUUGCAUUGGCGUGUGACAUGCAACUGGAUUCGUUGUUACCUCAUGGAGACGCUCAUAAGUGGGCAUGGUUUCGUCGGUACUGUUCAGCGGUACGAGUAGCUCAGUCACUCAUUCGGAGAGUGACACUUCCACCUACUUUCACGUUGGAAGUGCGCAAAAAACUGAUAGAAAUUGCAUCCCCUGCAGCAAACCCCGUACUACAAACAACCGGCAACACCAGUCUUACAAGCAGUAACUGUUCCUUAAUACAACAUACAUCCAGUGCGUCAAGUCUUAGUCAACAUGGAUUCGAUCUGGUAGGAUCCCUACACGGAAGCGAGAUAGAAUCAAUUGAUACAUCCAAAUAUCUACACGAAGAUCACAACUAUUUCACUCCACAGUAUGACUCCCAGUUGUUGCAAUGGUUUAACCGGAGACCAGAGGAUUGGGCAUUUUCGUGGGGUGGGGCCAGUACGAUCUUCGGCUGGGGUCAUAAUCAUCGUGGUCAACUUGGUGGAUUGGAUGGGAGUCGCAUCAAAAUGCCGACGCCUUGUGAAGCAUUGAGUUUGUUGCGGCCUAUUCAGAUUGCCGGUGGAGAACAAACUUUGUAUGCUGUUACACCCGAUGGAAAGUUAUACGCUACUGGAUACGGAGCCGGAGGUCGAUUAGGAAUAGGAGGAACAGAUUCAGUAUCGACGCCUACGUUGGUGGAGUCUCUGCAGCAUGUUAUCAUCAAAAAGGUUGCUGUAAAUUCUGGAGGGAAACAUUGCUUGGCACUGUCGUCCGAUGGAGAGGUGUUUUCCUGGGGAGAAGGAGAAGAUGGCAAGCUGGGUCAUGGAAAUCGGGAUAGCUAUGAUCGACCGAAGUUAAUCGAAGCUCUCUCCGGGAUCGGAGUUGUGGAUAUUGCAUGUGGGAGCGCACAUUCAGCUUGUAUAACUUCACAAGGUCAUGUACUAACCUGGGGAAAGGGAAGAUAUGGUCGAUUGGGACACGGUGAUUCAGAAGAUCAAUUACAGCCAAAGUUGGUGGAAGCGUUGCUGGGAUACCGAGCCAUUGAUAUAGCUUGCGGAUCGGGCGAUGCGCAAACCUUAUGUAUUACGGAUGAUGAUAACGUAUGGAGUUGGGGUGAUGGGGAUUAUGGCAAGCUGGGUAGAGGCGGUUCAGAUGGAUGCAAGAUCCCUAUGAAAAUCGAGAGUUUGGCAGGGCUUGGUGUUGUUAAAGUGGAGUGCGGGUCACAAUUCUCCGUUGCCUUGACACGAUCGGGUAGCGUUUACACUUGGGGUAAAGGUGACUAUCACCGGUUGGGUCACGGAAACACCGAUCACGUGCGUCGUCCGAAGAAGGUAGCUGCCCUGCAAGGAAAGAAGAUCAUAUCCAUUGCAACGGGAUCGCUUCAUUGUGUUGCUUGUAGUGAUUCGGGAGAAGUUUUCACCUGGGGUGACAACGACGAGGGACAGCUUGGGGAUGGCACGGUCACAGCCAUUCAACGACCUCGGCUUGUCCAGUCUCUGCAAGGCAAACACAUCGUCAAGGUUAUUUGCGGUUCGGCUCACACGUUAGCAUUGUCGACAUAUCAACUUAGCGAAGCCGUCCGUCCUCCGCCCUCUCCACCGUUGGAAUAUGAUCUCGUUCGAGAUAUUGCUCCGGAAGUUCUUCACGCUCGGCUCGUACUACUCCAUCAUUUCUCCGAGCUUAUCUGCCCUUGCCUCUCGAUGCUCCCUAUUUCCGGUGAACUAUCUCUCGGUGCUUUGAAGGACAUACUGGUAUACUCGAUCAAGGAAGCUGGCUUCCGGAAGGUCAUACAAACAACAAUGGUGCGCGACAAACCGCACGGACCGGUUAUCGAGCUAAACCGAAUUCAGGUCAAACGGUCGAGGAUGCGAUCAGGUAACGGACUUGCCGGAGUUGAUGGAAUGAAAAGUGUGUUUGGUCAGAUGGUUCAGAAGUUGCCGUUGCUCACCCAGGAGGCUCUGUCAAUGCCACAUCGAGUGUGGAAGGUCAAAUUUGUUGGUGAGAGUGUAGAUGAUUGCGGCGGAGGGUUCAGUGAAUCCAUUGCGGAAAUGUGCGAUGAACUGCAAAACGGAAGCGUCCCGCUUUUGAUUCAGACGCCCAACGGACGUGGGGAAGCUGGUGCUAAUAGGGAUUGUUUCUUACUGGAUCCGACGUUGAAUUCAGUGCUGCACAUGAACAUGCUAAGAUUCCUCGGGGUGCUUAUGGGUAUUGCCGUUCGAACCGGAUCACCGUUAAGUUUGAACAGUUUGGCCGAACCUGUUUGGCGUCAACUUUGCGGAGAAACCUUACGCCCUUCUGAUUUGACCGAGGUCGACAGAGAUUACAUUACCGGAUUGUUGUACAUCAGAGACAUAGAAGAUGAUCCGAAGGCGUUUGCUUCCAUGGAGCUACCAUUCUCAACACCGUCGGCUAAGGGUCACGAGGUUCCUCUCUCCACUAGAUUCACUAAAAUCACCCCCGACAAUCGGAAGGAAUACGUCAAACUGGCACUGCACUAUCGCAUCCACGAAUUCGAUGAACAGGUCAAAGCCGUCCGGGACGGUAUGUCCAAGGUCAUUCCGGUGCCACUGCUCUCGCUAUUUUCCGCCGUCGAACUACAGGCCAUGGUGUGUGGGUCUCCGGACAUUCCACUCUGUCUGCUGAAAACCGUUGCCACGUACAAGGGUGUGGAAUCCACUGCUCCGCUGGUCGGUUGGUUCUGGGAGGUGAUGGAAGAGUUCACCAACCAGGAGCGUUCGCUAUUUCUACGGUUCGUUUGGGGACGAACGCGACUACCGCGUACCAUCGCCGAUUUCCGUGGGCGUGAUUUCGUGCUACAGGUGCUGGACAAGUACAACCCGCCGGAUCAUUUCCUGCCGGAGAGCUACACCUGCUUCUUUCUGCUGAAGAUGCCACGAUAUUCGUGCAAGGCUGUUCUGCAGGAGAAGCUCAAGUAUGCCAUCUAUUUCUGCAAAAGCAUCGACACGGAUGAGUAUGCCCGGGUAGCGAUGGGAGACCCAACAGAGGCUACUGGCAGCGAGGACAACAGCGAUAUCGAAUCGAUUGCUUAAAUAGACAGUGAAAUCGUGCCUCUGCCAGAGCUUAUACGACUGAUCACUAUACAAUCCAAUUACCAAAAAUAACUACAUUUAAAAGACACAAAUAGUAAUUUUCUAUAUUUCUGAUGAAAAAAUCCUACUAUUGAACACGACGUCCUUGUAAGCUGCACUAUCAAGCGAUCACAGAGUUAUUUUUUCGAUGCAAUAAAAAGGUUGCUUAUGUGUGGACUGUUAGUUGUAAUCAUCAUCUAUUAUUUACAGCUAGUGACCAGCUUUCAAAAAUGUUUAAAUUGUGAGGUUUUUUAGACAGAAGCAUUAAAACUAUGAAUCUAGAGCUUUAUUUCACGCAGCUUUUGUAUGCACCAUAUAAAGACAGCACGGCAAUAUGGUAGGUAAAAUAUUGCACCGAAACAUGAUAAAUAGCAUCAUAAACCAUACGGAAGCAGUCUGAUUUGAUUGUCCAGCUAGCUGAUAAAUAACGAUGUCAAAUCACAGCGGCUAUGAAUAGAUUAAACACCUUUAGUGACACUGGUUCAUCAGUAGUGUCCCAAUUACGUUUGUUCGUUCACAAAAUACAUUGUUGAAGUAGCUGUUGAAAUCCACUACUAGUAUAAUAGCACAUAUAGAGAGCGUUAUUCCUAAACAAAAAUCAAGCCGGAAAAUGGCAACCGCAGAGAUAAAAUAUAAACCAUAAAAGAAAAAAAAUCAAACAUCCUACUUCUGUAGAAAAGUUGAAGAUAGUCACAUAAAUCGUACUGAUUAAAGCUACUAUAAACAUUGAUAAAUAAUUGCGAUAGAGGCAAGAAUGGUUGUUGCUUUUUGAAAAUCACAUUGAACAUCAGCCAGCAAGUCCCGCGCCAUCGGGACUGACGUCGACUGCCGACUGAGAACUAAUGGUUAAAUGGAAGCUUUCUAGUAAGCAGCAGAGUUAGUCUAUAAAGAUUCCUAGACCUGCUGUCCAUACGACAGUAGUAGUUGUGGUACACAUAUUGCAACAUUUUUUCGGCAAAAAAAAACUAAACUUAGUUUAUUUAUUUCGAAACAAAGUAAUACUGCUAAUUUAUUAAUUCAUUCUUUGCUU